AUGUAUACUCUUGAAGAGGUUCAGAGGCAUAACAAACCCGACGAUGUCUGGAUCGUCCUGCACAACAAAGUCUAUGAGGUUACCAAAUAUCUCGAAGACCACCCCGGCGGCAACGCAAUUUUGAUUGAGGUUGCUGGCACUGAUGCCACAGAGGCUUUUGAAGAGACUGGUCAUUCUGAUGAGGCGAGGGAUGAGCUGGCUAAAUAUUACCUUGGUGACUUGCCUUCUGAGGAGCAUGCUGAAGCAAUCGAUGUCUACCGCCCCAUCUACGAACAGGUGUCACAGACCGCUGCUGUGGCUGUCAAAAAGACCUCGCCCAACCGUCUUCGUUCUCUAACUCGCACCGUAUUCCAAGUAGGUGUUACAGGUGCCGUGGGAGCGGCUGCGUUUACUGGCUACCAACAGGGACUUAAGCCAUUUUUCCAAUUCAUUAAGCAGUUGGCUGGCCAUACCUUUUCGGUCUUCUCUGUUUCCGCUUCAACGAGCCGAUUCUGGUCCGGGUUCGGCGUCGCGAGUGUAACUCAGCUUUCGCUGACAGUUGGUUUGGCAAUGUGGAUUUCCACCAAACUGGAUGUCCAGCAGGAAUUCACGCAUCACUUGCCGCACCGCCAGUCCCGACCCGACCGAAUCAUUUUCCGCAAGAGACUUUCCCCGCGUGGUAAUACCUUUACCCAGAAGAAGCACACACACCCAUUAGACCCUCGCAAGUGGAAAAAUUUUCCCCUGAUCAGCAAGGAAGUCGUCUCGUCCAACGUGUACCGAUUUGUUUUUGGCUUGCCGAACGCCGACGACGUGCUCGGUCUCCCCACGGGCCAGCAUAUCGCACUGCGAGCAAACAUCAAUGGACAAAGCGUCUCCCGUUCAUACACUCCAGUGUCAAAUAAUACAGAUUUGGGUCGCAUCGAACUUCUGGUCAAAAUAUAUCCUCAAGGCAAAAUGACAAAGCACCUGGAGCAGAUGCAAAUUGGCGAUUCGGUUGAGAUUCGUGGCCCCAAGGGUGCAAUGCAGUAUACGCCAUCUUAUGCAAAGCAUGUUGGCAUGAUUGCCGGUGGCACCGGUAUCACGCCCAUGUUCCAGCUUAUCCGAGUGAUUUGUGACGAUGAGUCCGAUCCAACACAGAUCGACCUAUUGUAUGCAAACAACACUGAGGAAGAUAUCCUGCUGCGUCAGGAGCUGGACGACUUUGCGCUUCGCUGUCCACAUAAGUUUCGCGUACAGUAUGUGCUCUCGCAGCCUGCUGAGGGCUGGGAGGGCCAUCGCGGUUUCGUUAGCCCGGAACUUAUUCAACAGUUCCUGGCACCGGCCGAUGCGAGCAACAAGAUGCUGCUGUGUGGACCACCACCUAUGAUCAAUGCAAUGAAAAAGGCGCUCGUGGGACUUGGGUGGGCUGAACCAGCUGCUUUGUCGAAGGCUACGGAUCAAUUGUUUUUAUUUUAG